AUGGCACAGAAACAGAUCGACCUCGUCAGUGGUGGAAACAUCGACGUCUACGAUGUCUCCGCUAGCAGUAUUACCUGUCGUAUUGGAUUAACACAGCAAGUCAUCGUUAAGAAAGUCAAAAUUGACCACCACAAAAACAACUGCAACAACAACAACUCCCUCAGAAACAACGGACACAACCACGAUCGGAGCAUCAACAACAACUACAACUUGGCAAUCACAAUCAAAGCGCUGGAUUGGGUCAGGGGGGCAUCGAUUUCCGAAAAACCAAUCGCUUUGUAUGAAAUGGCGUGUCGCUGUAAAGAGGAUGAGGAGAAAGGCAGAAAGUUAUGGAAACCCAGUCCCGAAGAUGUUGUCUGCAGGUUGCAUUUCCGGGACAUCGACUAUAAAGAGACACUGUUAGGUGAACGUGGCAGACUUAAAGAAAAUGUAGUGCCGUCCAUCUUCCAGUGGACACAGACCCCUAGCCCCAGAAGAAAAAGAGAGCCAAAACAACCAGAUGAUGCUACACAGGGCACCAUACUUGAAGCCUACAAUGGACAGCUAGGAUCUGAGGUCACUGUGUCAACACACCAUGAGUCGGCUGAACUGGUACCAGAACCAGAAGAUUUGGAACCUCAAGCGGAGGGAACACAGUGUACAAUCUUGGGGAGAUGUACAAUAGACAACUUCAGGGAUAACCCCAAAGCUAUCAAUUAUUACACUGGAUUCACUGAUUUCAACCACUUUAUGUUCUUUUUCAACUGUUUAGGGCCAGCAGCGACUGAUCUCAUUCAUCAGUUCACUUCCUUAUCACCUCAUGACCAAUUCUUUUUGACAAUGAUGAAGCUUAGGCAGGCAAAGGAAGACUUUGAGCUAAGCAUGAUGUUUGAAAUCAGUGAAUCCAGUGUAUCAAAAAUCAUUGUUACGUGGAUUAACUUUAUGUACUUUCAGUUGAAAGAAUUAUCUAUUUGGCCCUCCCGUAGUACUGUUUCUGACCAUAUGCCGCAAGACUUUGGUAAGAAAUUCAAAAACACACGAGUCAUUUUAGAUGCUACCGAGGUCCCGAUUCACAAGCCAUCCAAUGUCAAUGCACAAAGCUGCACCUGGUCCAGUUAUAAGCACAAAAAUACUGUAAAAACUAUGAUUGGUUGUACGCCUAGGGGUGCAGUUUCCUAUGUAAGUCCAGCUUAUGGCGGAUCAACAAGUGAUCGUCAGAUAAUGGAAAACUCUGAACUACUGGAUCCGAAACGUGACAUGUUUGAUAAGGGAGAUAGUAUUAUGGCUGAUAGAGGUAUUAUGGUGCAAGAUCUAUUUGCAACUCAAGAUGUUUUUGUAAAUACUCCUUCUAUGUUACGUGGAAAAUCUCAACUUGAACCCCAAGAUGUAGUCAAAGAUCGCAGAAUUGCAUCUAAAAGAAUACAUAUUGAGAGAGUAAUUGGUCUCGGCAAACGUUACAAAAUAUUAAGUACUCCUCUUCCAGCCAGUUAA